AUGUCGUUCAUCCCCACCGAUUCACAACUCAUCAGGUUUAUUCUCCACGAUUCUGCCCCGAAUUUUAUUAUUACUGAUUGCGAUCUAUUUGGCCAGGAAGAGCCCUGGGAAAUCUGGGACAGAUAUCUAGGGUUUCUAAAUCAAUACAACCCAGAUGAACUCUACUUCUUCAUGCCUUCGCUGAAGAAAUUGAGCCGGUCUAAUGGUGGUUCAAGGAUCAGCCGAACAAUUGGCGGUGGUAGUUGGACUCAGAAGGAGCCAAUCAAGUUUGUGUGCGACGAGGGCAGAUCAAUUGGGGUGAAGAGAAAGCUUAGAUAUCACAACCAAGGGUCAGAUCAACAUGUGCAGUGGUGUUUGGAUGAGUAUACUAGUGUUGAGGUUGCUAAUUCAUGUGCAAUUUUCCGGCUCCGGAAAAACGAGCGACAAUACAAAUCACUGUGUGGUAUUUGUGUGGAAGACUUCUUUCAGCCUCUACCAUUAGGAAUGUUGGCGUGA